AUGUCCAGUGGUGCAGAUUUGCAUCCGAGCGGUGCUGAGGUAAGAGUUUCUGAUUCAAUUUGUGAGAAUACGAACAAUGGCAAUGAAAAUUGCCGAAAUGGGUUUUACCCGAAUGCAAAGAAAUUCAAGAUUUUCAUAGGGUAUGAUCCGCGGGAGGAUCUUGCAUAUGAGGUCUGCCGCUACUCUCUGUCGAAGAGAUCCUCAAUCCCUAUUGAGAUAUUCCCCAUAAAGCAAUCUGAAUUGCGAGAGAUGGGUGUUUACUGGCGCGAGAGAGGGAAAUUAGAGAGCACUGAAUUCUCAUUCUCGAGUAGCCAAGCAAAUCGCUUGGCAAUGGAGACGAUUCAGAGACUCACUCAUCGCUGCUUUCCCGCAAUACCCUUUGCAGAAAAGUGCUUAAAAUCCCUUUCGCCAACCCGAAUCCACACACCACCAGUUAUACGUUUCCACCAGACCCAGAAACCCAUACUCAGACCUGGGUCAUCCAUCUCGAGUCCGGCAUUGAUAAUACCCCAAAGAAAUCACAGCUCAACUUCAACUGCCCGGGCCGGUUGGUUUCUGGGCAUGACCGAGAAAAAGCAGGUCACCCCUGACAUAGUAAAAGCUGGAGACCCGGUUCUUCAUGAACCGACUCAGCAGGUCCGACCCGAGGAAAUUGGAUCGAGUCGGAUCCAGAAGAUUAUAGAUGACAUGGUAAAGGUCAUGAGAAGGGCACCUGGGGUAGGCCUUGCAGCUCCUCAAAUUGGCAUCCCCUUAAAGAUAAUUGUUUUGGAAGACACCAAAGAAUAUAUUAGCUAUGCACCAAAGGAAGAGACUAAGGCGCAAGAGAGGCGACCUUUUGAUCUUUUGGUUGUGAUAAAUCCAAUACUCAAAAAGAAGGGUAAUAAGGCAGCACUAUUUUUUGAAGGGUGUUUAAGCGUCGAUGGAUAUAGAGCAGUUGUAGAACGACACCUAGAGGUUGAGGUUACAGGGUUGGACCGAAAUGGACAACCAAUCAAAGUUGAUGCUUCAGGUUGGCAGGCUCGUAUUUUUCAGCACGAAUGUGAUCAUCUAGAUGGAACUCUCUACGUCGACAGGAUGCUUCCCAGAACAUUCAGGACUGUGGAAAAUUUGGACUUGCCUCUUGCUGUCGGGUGCCCCAAACUCGGAAACCGGAAAAACUUGCCGUCGUCCUCCCCCUGCGUCGCAACCUUCUUCUCCAGCGGUUUGAAUUUUCUGUCUCGUAUUUUCUGUCAUCGGGCGAUGGCGAAAGCAGACGAUUCGGAACGAAAAGAAUGGGAUUCUCAUGGACUGCCGACGAAUAUUGUGGUCAGUCUCAACAGGCUUAGUGGAUUCAAGAAGUAUAAAGUCUCCAAAAUCAACUUUUUGCAUCCACGAACUAGGUCCAUUGUCAAUGCUGAAGAUGCGUUCAACGAUUUGCUCACGCUACAACCGUGCGGGAUUUACACCAAAGCCGAACUCCAUAAAGAAGUCGAAAAUUUAGCUUCAUCUGGGUGGUUCAAGGAAGUAGAGCUCGACAUGAAAACGAACCCUGAUGGAACAGUUGAUAUCAAUUUCCCCAUUAAAGAAAUGUAUUGGGGAUCAAAGUAUCGAAUGAAAUGCAUUGGCGUGAAUUCGCUUCUAGAGCCGGAUGCAAUCCAAAUGGACGAAAAUAUGACACAGAAUGAAGCAAUUGAAUUCAUGAUGAGCCAAAACAGACAAUAUCGAAAAAGAGUGGAGGAAGCCAGGCCAUGCAUGUUGCCAAUGGCAGUGCAGGGAGAAAUCCAGGGAAUGCUGAGACAAUGUGGUAAUGUAAAUUCGAGGCUUUUAAGAAAGAUUGCCAAGAGAAUAGAGAAAUGGUAUCAUGAAAAUGGAUACCAGCUUUCUCGGGUCGUGAAUUUUGGGAACUUGGAUCCGAAUAGUAAGGAACUUGUGUGUGAAGUGAUGGAAGGAGAUAUAAAUAAGGUGGUGGUUCAGUUCCAGGAUAAGCUUGGGAAUAUCUGUGAAGGAAAUACUAAGCUUGGUGUUAUUACUAGGGUACUGCCCAAACAGUUAGGGAAAGGACGUGUUUUUCAAAUCGAAGCAUUUAGAGAGGCUUUGAAUAAUCUCAAUUCUCUAAAUCUUUUCUCUAAUAUUGAACUCAAUCCAUCCAUGGACGAGAGAAAUGGAGCUAUCACUGCUGAAAUUAAGUUACAGGAAGCUCAAUGCCAAUCGGUUGAAGUCGAUACAGAAUGGAAAAUCGUGCCUCAACGCAAUGGUCGACCAAUGUUGGCUUCAAUACAACCUUCAGCAAAAAUUUCCUUAGAGGUUCGAAAUCUCAAAGGCCUGAAUCGAAGCAUUAUUGGUUCAAUGACUCUUAGCAACCUAUUUGAUCCCGAGGAUGAUCUUGGUUUCAAGUUCGAGUAUGUACAUCCAUAUCUAGAUGGUCUACAUAAUCCUCGCAACCGCACCUUUCGUGCUUCAUGUUUCAACAGUCAAAAAUGCAGUCCUGUGUUUACAGGUGGCCCUGAUGUAGAUGUGCCUCCGUUAUGGGCAGAUCGUGCUGGAAUUAAAGCCAAUAUUACUGAGGAUUUUACCAAACAGAGCAAAUUCACUUAUGGACUUGUCAUGGAAGAAAUCAUUAUCCGUGAUGAAAAUGGCCAGAUUUCUAGAAAUGGUCAAAAGAUGAUGUUAAAUGGAAAUAUCAGUGCUAAUGGACCUCCAACUACGCUAAGUGGCACUGGCACGGAUCGCAUGGCAUUUUUACAAGCAAAUCUAACACGAGAUAAUACGAGAUCUCUAAACGGGGCAUUAGUUGGUGAGAGGAAUGUGUUUCAGUUUGAUCAAGGACUUGGCAUCGGUAGCAAGUUCCCAUUCUUCAAUCGCCAUAAGCUAACAAUGACCAAAAUUUUCCCCUUAAAGCAAGUCGAAGAAGGCAAAGGUAAACCUGCACCACCUGUUUUAGUCCUUCACGGCCUCUAUGGUGGUUGUGUAGGAGAUCUCCCAAACCACGAAGCUUUUACACUUGGGGGACCAUAUUCAGUCAGAGGUUACAGCACGGGAGAGCUAGGGGCAGCUAGACAAAAACUCGAGUUGGCAGCUGAGGUUCGAAUACCAGUGAAAAAUGCGUACGCUUAUGCAUUUGCAGAACAUGGAAACGAUCUAGGGAGUUCAGUAUCUGUACAAGGAAAUCCGACGAAGGCAUACAUGAGAAAGGGUCAUGGUUCCUCGUAUGGUGUUGGAGUGAAGCUCGGUCAAGUACGUGCAGAAUAUGCCAUUGAUCAUCACACCAGGCAUGGCUCAUUUUUUGUUCAUGUUGGGGAGAGAUUCUGA